AUGGUGUUGCUGGAGAACUACAGCUCGCUCAACUACAUGGGGCUUGUUAAGAUUGUCAAGAAGCACGACAAACGCACCAGCCACCCUUUGCGUCCGUUCUUGCGCACUGUGCUCCAGCAGCCGUUCUGUACGACAGAGCUGUUGUCGCAGUUGAUCAGCGAGUGCGAAGUGCUGCUGCAGCAGCUGUUGCCACCCAGCGAGCAAUCAUCUUGCAACCAUCCGGUAGUCACGCUUCACCAAGAUGUCGCAUCUGCUGCUGCUGAGGAAGUGCAAGUGUCGCCUACCAGAGAGCCUGCGGCUGCAGAGUUUGAUUCUGACGACAACGAUACAGUAGCCAUGGUUUACCGCAGUGCCUGUAGCGCCCUUCGCGCUCUAAUCGAGAUCCGCAGCAGCUCAAAGACCCCCCAUCCAAUCAUGUUGGCAGCACAGCAAGGGGCUCUCUCGCCCGCAGUGCACUCUCCCAGCGGCCCUGCGGAGCCUCUCCAACCCCAAGCCAGCCAAUCCAACCGCGGUGACGCUCAGGGUGGAGCAGAAGUGAUGGGCAGCGGGGGCGAGUCGAGCUGCAGCACUGAAAGGGGGAGUGCUCUGGUAAUACUGAAGAAGACUGCUGGUGGGCAACGUGGGUUAGAGAAGGAGCUGGUUGCUGAAAGCAAGCAGCAGGCACAGACAGUAGGCCAAUCCUAA